GUGAGUCUGUAAAAUCUGUUAUAAUUCAAAAUUAGAAUAACAAAUUUAAAUAUUAAGAACAACACUAGUUUGAAACUCCAACCAUUGUUCAGUGUUCUUCUUUCUUUUUUCCCCUCUAGUGUUCUCAUAUUCUCACCGACAUUUAACUACAUGUAUGCAUUCAUCUACUAAAGGUGAAACAGAAGAAAAAGAAGAGCAAAAACAGCAAAAUUUAUUGUGCCCUUUAUCUCCUCAUUAAAUUUUCCUUCUUCCUCAAUUCUUAUGUCAAAAAAACCAUACAACACAUUAAAUUUUGACCAAAUCUCACUUCCCAGGGUGAAACCUUCACUAUAAUAGACAACCAACCAUCUCUCUCUUCUUUACUUCUCCCUUUUUAAUUUUCACUUGUUCAUAUCCUUUUAGAUUCUUCUCUUCUAAUUCUGAUACUUUUAAGUGGUGCCCAUUUGUUUUCUCUACUAUUCUUUUCCCUUAUUCUUGUAUUUCUGGGUCGUUUUUCUUUCUUAUUUAUCUUCCACCGACUACUAAUAAACCCUCAAUACAAGGUUCUAUAGAUUUACUUUAAUUUCACUCAACUUUCCUUUUCAUCAAUUGCAACAUGUUAUGUGUAAGAGGCUUUUUGGUUUGCUAAGGUUGUUCUUUCUUAAUUUCUUCUUGUUCUCUUACACAAGGGAAUAGUAGUACCUAAAUUGUUUAUUGGAAAGAUUCAAAUUAGGCUUGAAAUUCUAACAAUAUAUUCUUUCCUUCAAAGAUGUCACACAAUAAAGAAACAACAACGAUGAGCAGCAACAACAUGUUUUCUAAGGGUAAGAAAUCCGGUCAUGAAUGUGAAUUAAGGCCAGGUGGAAUGCUUGUUCAGAAGCGUGAUUCAAACUCGGAUCGAAACUCCGAUUCGGCUGCAAUGUCCACCAUCAUGGUUAAAGUGAAAUAUGGAUCUGCAUAUCACGAACUUCGUGUUAGUUCGCAUGCAAGUUUUGGGGAACUGAAGAAGAUGUUGAGAGAAUGUACAGGGUUGCAUGCUCAGGAUCAAAAGUUAAUGUUUAAGAAGAAAGAGAGAGAUUCAAAAUCAUAUUUGGACGUUGAAAGAGUCAGAGAUGGAUCAAAGUUGGUGCUUUUUGAGAAAAUUGAGAGCAGAGAAAGAAGGAUGCUUGAGACCUUAAGAAUUGCAAAGAAGGAGAAAACCUCAAAAUCCUUGAAGGAAAUUAAUCACCAGGUUCAACCACUUGCUCACAAGGUUUCAGCUUUGGAAGCUGGUGCUUCUACAGGCGAGGUUGUAGCAGAGUUGCAUAUAGAGAGUUUGACAGAAAAUCUGAUGAGAAUAUUGAUUACAUUGAAUGAAAUUUUCGCUGAGGGGGACCUGAAAUUACAAAAAAGUGAGCAGUUACGUAAAAGGGAAAAAAACGUGCCUCAAAAAAUUAAAGCAGUGGAGGAGCAACAACUAAAACAUUGGGACUCAGUUGUUGUAACAACAAAAUGGGAAACUUUUGAUUGAGGCUAUUAAAUAUCUUAAUUACUGGCUUCUUCUCUUCCCUUCAUGUAACGCUUUUUCUUCUCUCAAUUAUAUUAUUGGGCUAUAACUUAAUUCCAGAAGCUACUAGUUUCUUACUAGCAAUAAUUAAUGGGUAGUUCUUGUUUCAUUUUCCAAUAAAUAUCCCACCCGACA